AUGAUGCCAGCUCAGGAAAGGAUAGCCAGGUACCUGAAGGCUCCAAUGGAGAAUAUGAAGAUCAUUCUGGGAAGCAAUGGGCCCGACCCAGGUUCACUCAGCCUGCCAAGAUGCGGCGGAGGGUGAUCGCCCGGCCCGUCGGCAGCUCCAUCCGCCUCAAGUGCGUGGCCAGCGGGAACCCGCGGCCCGACAUCACCUGGCUGAAGGACAAUAAGCCCCUCACGCCCCAAGAGAUUGGGGAGAACAAGAAGAAGAAGUGGACGCUGAACCUGAAGAACCUGAAGCCAGAGGACAGUGGGAAGUACACCUGCCGAGUGUUUAACAAAGUCGGAGAGAUCAAUGCAACGUACAAAGUGGAAGUGAUCCAGAGGACGAGGUCCAAGCCCAUCCUGACAGGGACACACCCUGUCAACACGACAGUAGACUAUGGUGGGACCACAUCCUUCCAGUGCAAGGUCCGCAGCGACGUCAAGCCCGUCAUCCAGUGGCUGAAGAGGGUGGAGUACGGCACGGAGAGCAAGUACAACUCCACCAUCGACGUGGGGGGACAGAAGUUCGUGGUGCUGCCCACGGGGGAGGUCUGGUCCCGUCCCGAUGGCUCGUACCUGAACAAGCUGAUGAUUACUCGAGCCAAGGAGGAGGAUGCGGGGAUGUACAUCUGCCUGGGGGCAAACACCAUGGGCUACAGCUUUCGCAGCGCUUUCCUCACCGUCCUGCCAGAUCCCAAGCCUCCGAGCGCCCCCGUGCCCCCCUCCUCGGCCAGCAGCCUGCCCUGGCCCGUGAUCAUCGGCAUCCCCGCCGGGGCCGUCUUCAUCUUUGGGACAAUCCUCCUGUGGCUCUGCCAGACGAAGAAGAAGCCCUGCUCCCCUCCAGCUGCCGCCCCCGCGCACCGCCCGCAGCCCCGGGACAGGAUCUGUGUCCCCCAGGUCCCCGACAAAGACUGCAUCUCCUCCAUAAACUAUGAGGAAUAC